CAAAACAGAGACAUAAUACUGAAAAAAGUAAUCAUUCCUCUUUCUUUUCUUCUCACAAAAAAUAUAAAUCUAGUUGUUUUCUUCACCGUAUAAAGAAUAUGGAAAUUCCUAUUUUUCACUGGGGUUUAGAAUUUAUUCUUUCUGUUCUUGGCUUAUGGCCUGGAAAAACUAAUUUUUGGAUUCCUCAGCUUCUUUUAUAUUUGUCACCUAUUGUCAUUUCACCCUUUCAAUUACGACAAGUUCUUCUAUGUGAUAAUAGAGAACAAAUGUUUGAUGGAGUUCGUGAUAUGGCCGUAAUUAUAUUAUUGGUAACCAAAUUUGUAGUAAUGCGUUACAAUAAAAGCAAUCUGCAUUCUCUUUUAAUAGAUCUGGAGGACGAUUGGAAAAAUACAAAAGAUGCCGAAGAGAUGAAAAUUAUGAUGAAGUAUACAAAAUAUGCUCACAAAUUUUGCGUUUAUGGUUGGUCUCUCUACACAAUUACUACCAUUGCCUACUUCGGGCAAUUUUUAAUUCUUAACUUAACAUCAGAAAAUAAAAUUUUGUUGAUACCAGUAGCAUAUCCUUUUGAUAUUAACAGUUUACCAGUUUUUAUAGCUGCACAAAUUUAUCAAACCUUCACAUUUGGCUGUUGGAAUUGUGCUAAUUCUUUGUCUGAAAUUUUACUAGGCACUUUGAUAUUUCACUUUUCGGGUAGACUUGAAAUUUUACAGAAUGAAAUUGAUAGUCUGAAUAUUCCACUGAAUUCAAUGAAUAAUAACCAAGAUAUAAUAACGAUUAUUAAGAGUGUUGUAAAUCAUCAUAGGAAAUUGUUACGUAUGAAUAAAAAAAUUGAGAGCAUUUACUGUUACAUUUGUUUAGCUCAAUUUUUUAAAAGUACUGUUACCUUAUGUCUUGCUGGAUAUUUGAUAAUAACCACUAUGGAUGCUGUGGAUUUUGUUUUAAUAGCAAAGUAUAUCUUAUUCAUUUCUCUCAUUUUAGUUCAAUCUUUUGCAAUAUGUUAUUCUGGAGAGAUGUUAUUAACCAAGAGUUCCGAGAUUCCUCAAAGUAUAUGCGAUUGUGCAUGGUACCAAACCUCACCAGAAAAGGUGAAACUUUUACUAUUCAUUAUAAUGAGAACCCAACAGCCGAUGUCGUUGUCAGUUGGAAAAUUUACUGAACUGUCUAUUAAAAGUUUUACCAAAAUUUUACAGACAUCAUUUUCAUAUUUGUCUGUAUUACGAACAGCAUAUACAUAAAGAAGAAAACAAUUCAGCACUAAUUUGUAGACUAAAAAUUUUUAUUUUAUUCGAAUUGAUAGAAUGAAAUAAAAUUGUAUAUUAAUUGAUUAAUCUGA